AGCUUGUCCUCUUUACCUGCCCAGGUAGCCCUUGUUUUCACUUUUGUUCAUGGUCUGUCCCGCUGGGGUUGAAGUUUCCUCGCAAUCCGGUCCAGCACUGAAAACGAAUGGGGAUUGAAUUGCUUUGCCUCUGUUUCCUAUUUCUGCAAAGAAAUAACUAUGUGCAAGGGACCUGUUCUCAGGAAAGCGCAGUGACUUGUGAAGAUUGUUUGCUUUCCGGACCACACUGCGCUUGGUGUUUGCAAGAGAAUUACACAGACUCAUCUGGAAUUCAUGGGAGGUGUGAUACCCUGGAAAAUCUUUUGUCCAAAGGAUGCCAGUUGAAUUCGAUUGAGUUUCCCAUUUCAGAAGUAGAAAUCCAGAGAAAUGAUCCCCUAACGGCAUCAGCCCAGAAGAACAGUUCUGAUGUCACACAGAUUUAUCCCCAGAAAUUAACUCUGAGGCUGCGACCAGGACAUGAAGAAACAAUACAGAUCAAGGUUCGCCAGACUGAAGAUUAUCCAAUUGAUCUCUACUACCUCAUGGAUCUUUCAGCUUCCAUGGAUGAUGAUCUGAAUACAAUUAAAGAACUGGGUUCAACUCUUUCCAAAGAGAUGUCAAAAUUGACAAGCAACUUUAGACUGGGGUUUGGAUCUUUUGUUGAAAAACCAGUUUCACCAUUUAUCAAAACUACAGCUGCAGAAAUAAACAACCCUUGCAGAAGUGUACCAUAUGAGUGUUUACCCACCUUUGGAUAUAAAAAUGUUUUGCCACUAACAAAUGAUGCUGAAAAAUUCAAUGAAAUUGUGAAAGGACAGCGAAUUUCUGCUAAUAUAGACACUCCAGAGGGAGGAUUUGAUGCAAUUAUGCAGGCAGCUGUUUGCAAGGAAAAAAUUGGAUGGAGGAAUGAUUCUCUACAUUUGCUGGUGUUUGUGAGUGAUGCUGAUUCCCAUUUUGGGAUGGACAGUAAACUGGCAGGGAUUGUUAUUCCUAAUGAUGGGAAUUGUCAUUUGGACCAUAAUAAUGAAUAUUCCAUGUCAACUGUUCUGGAGUAUCCCACAAUUGGACAAUUAAUCGACAAACUUGUGCAAAACAAUGUUCUAUUAAUUUUUGCUGUAACAAAUGAGCAAGUUCACAUAUAUGAGAAUUAUGCAAAGCUUAUUCCUGGGGCUACCGUUGGACGACUACAGAAGGAUUCUGGAAAUAUUCUCCAGUUGAUCAUUGCUGCAUAUCAGGAGCUGAGGUCUGAGGUUGAGUUGGAGAUCCUGGGAGAGACGGAAGGGCUCAAUCUCUCCUUCACGGCCAUCUGUAACAAUGGGACCUUUUUUCCACAUCAGAGGAAAUGCUCUCAUGUGAAAGUGGGAGAUACAGUCUCUUUCAACGUGACUGUAAGUCUCUCUUCUUGCGAAAAAACCAGAAGGCUCAUCAAGAUAAAACCUGUGGGGCUCAGCGACAUGCUGGAGAUGGAAAUUCAUCCCCUCUGCAGCUGUGACUGUCAGGCCAAGGCGGAGAAGGAGAGCCCAAAGUGCAGCCAAGGGAAAGGCUCUCUGGAGUGCGGGGUGUGUGUGUGCAGCCCCGGGUACGUGGGGCCACACUGCGAGUGCCACGAGAGCUCCCUGGGUGCCAGCUCCUGCCGGGGCCCUGCCGAGCACAGCUCCUGCAGCGGCAGAGGCGACUGCUACUGCGGGCACUGCCUGUGCCACCCGUCCCCCUUCGGAAAGGUGUACGGGCCCCGCUGCGAGUGCAAUGACUUCUCCUGCCUCAGGCACAGAGGCCUUCAGUGUGCAGGCAAUGGUGACUGUGACUGUGGGGAAUGCAAGUGCCACAGUGGAUGGACUGGUGAAUACUGUAAUUGCACAACUGAUACCAGCACCUGCAUUGCUGAGGACGGGACACUGUGCAGUGGGAGAGGUGACUGCAUCUGUGGGACAUGUGCUUGCACCCAUCCAGGUGCUUCGGGCCAAAUGUGUGAAAAAUGCCCUCUCUGCGGUGACCCCUGCAGUUCCAGACGGAGCUGUGUGGAAUGUCACUUGGCUUCCGAUGACAAGUCACUGGGAGAUUGCAGUGAAAAAUGCAAAUUGGUCGAUGCAACUGUCAGCAUGGCAAAGGAUUAUUCAGAGGAUAAAUCCAUUUCCUGCUCUUUGCAGGGGGAAAAUGAAUGUAUAACCACAUUUCUACUGGCUGCUGAUGAACAGGGAAGGACAGUCAUUCACAGCAUAGAACAGAAAGAUUGUGCACAGCAUCCAAAUAUCCCAAUGAUAGUGGUGGGUGUCACCCUUGCUAUCCUUCUCAUUGGCAUUGUUUUACUGUGUAUAUGGAAAUUACUGGUGUCAGUUCAAGACCGAAAAGAGGUGGCCAAAUUUGAAGCAGAAAAAUCAAAAGUUAAAUGGCAAACGGAAACAAAUCCACUGUACAGAGGCUCAACAACCACUUUUAAAAAUGUGACUUACAAGAACCAAGAUAAGCAUAAAAGGCCCAUGGCUGCAGAUUUCUAUUAGCACCUCCAACACUACAAACUUAGUCUUACUGGCAGGAAAUCUGAAUCUAAACGUAUUUCUUCUCAGCUGAUUAUGUGAUAUUUGUUUGCAAGUUGCAGUGGUAUAACCAUUCUGUUAGAGAAUAUAUGUCUUGUGUCGGGAUAAAUAAAGAUAACGUAUUAGUAGUAAAGGUUAGUAGAAAUACUUUUUUAUAAAUGACCCUUUAUUGUUAAAGCCCCCAACUUUAAAAAAUGGCACCACAAAUAAUUUUAAUUUUGUCUUUAAUACAAGGAUUAUAAUUUACCAUGUAAGCUUAUUUUUUGUUAAAUUAGAUAUAUGCAGUGAACUUUAUGCUAGUUUCUCAUACACACAAUUCCAUAAAUGAGUGUUUAGGAAUGUAUUUGUACAGGUCUAUUUGGCUGGUUUAAAUUUAGAAAAGAUUUUUUUUUCAUGAAUGCAGUUUAAACUACUGAGGACUGAGCUUUCUCAUAUCAUCUGUGUCACUGAAUAGUUUCUCGCCAGAAAAAAGUAGUGAUAGUGCCUGUCUUCUGUAAAUGUAAGUUAUAAAGAAACAUUUCUUCUCUAAUCCUUCUUUCAUUGUCCUGUUUCUCUCUUUCCUUUUCCUUGUUGCUCUUUGAUGUUCUUUAAAGACCUAGGCCCUGGGAUUAUCUCAGGGAAAGUUAAAUCCAGCCAAUCAAGCCUUAUUCACUUGCAGUUGUUAUGUGCUCACAAUACACCUCAUGUGCUGGACCAUCACACAGUGGCUUAGGAGCCCUUUACAAGCAGAAAUAUUCACAUAAAAGAUUUAUUAUCACACACAAAGACAGUACUCAUUUUUGGUAUGUCCAAAAUUGUGAGGUUCUUUCAAUGCCCAGCAGCCAAACUGCUUAUUCUUGUGCAUAACAACACAUUCAGCUCUUUUGGGCUGGGUUGUUUGGUUUUGGAUUUGGUUUGGUUUAUUUUCCCCCAAACUAAACAACAAAAAAGAUCUAUGGAUUUCACUUCGUAUUAAUUUCCAUUAUCUUAAUGAGGAUUUUUGAAUCUCCAUUUUAGCUAAUUACAAAUGAUUUGCCAUAAAUUUUUGAAUUGUAAUCGGUUAGCAUGCAUAGCAAUGAAUAAAGAAAGUAAAAAAGUAGCUAACAUGCUGGGAUAGAAAAAUUAUAACAUUGGACUAUUUUGAGGUAACAAUAAUGAACUUUACUUUUUAAUAUCACUUUUCAGCUACAUUUUUGCUACUCUGAAACAGAUGGUCAAAAUGUACAUAUGAAGGUACCUAGAAUAGAAGACAAAGAAAUCAAAGGUACUUUGCCACUGUUACAAACGAUCACAUACAUUCCCUAAGGUAAAUAGGGAAUUUGAUCUGAAAAAGGAUUGAUCUGAAUGUAUUUGAUCUGAAAAAGUCGAUGUCCAUUUUGUAAUAAAUAUUUACCAUGUUUGUACAACUUCA